AUUCCCGGUAGCGCGUUCCGGGAGCGCGUGGAAUGGAGCCUGGCGACCAAUCAGACCGCGGCCCCAUGAUGACGCCCCGGGAUUCCGCGAAAUUGUGUCUUUCGGAAGAGCACGCGAGUUGUGACAUUAGGAGACUAAACUCAUAACCGGGGCGGAUCAGUUCUUCUGAUGAUGUUUAAUCGCGGUGGUAAAGCUGCCAGUAUUUUGUUCCCGUCAUGAAUUAACGUGGAAUCUCACGUUAUCCGUCACGUAUAGGGCGACACGCGUGGGGGGUGGUGGAGUCCACGUUUCCUGGAGUUAACUCUGAAGUAUAGACGCUUUUGACAAACGGAUGUUAUUCCCCCAAAUCCCAGAGGCGCACUUAAAAUCGAGCUGUUUGUAAACGUUUGUUCGGUAUUUACCGAAAACGGCGCAGGCAUGACGGACAUUGAUCAUGAGCUCUCCAACGGGUCGAACAGCGAAUGUUCGGAGGCGCGGAGUCCCGGGGAGAUGUCGGAGGACAGCCAGGAGAGCCGGACAUUGCUCAUGGUGGCUAUGAUCCUCCUGGACCUCAACCGGAGCGUGAGGGAAAGCCGGACAAAAUGCGGCAGCGUGUUGUUACCGGAGCGCUGCAGACCGAACCAAACGGAGCCGAAGCGUCCUCGGACACGGCAGAGCGGCAAGCGGGUCCGCGCCGACAAGAGGCACGGGUGUCCGUACGCCGGUUGCGGGAAAAUGUACGGCAAAUCGUCUCAUCUGAAAGCACAUUUUCGAGUGCACACGGGUGAGAGGCCGUUCCACUGCACCUGGCCCGACUGUGCAAAGAAAUUCUCUCGCUCGGACGAGCUGACGCGACACUUCCGCACGCACACGGGGGAGAAGCGCUUCGCGUGCCCCCUGUGCGACAAGUGCUUCACGAGGAGCGACCACCUGACCAAGCACGCGCGCCGGCACGACGGCUUCCACCCCGCCAUGCUGCGCAGCCCGUGCAGGAGGACGCGGCGCGCGACGGCCCCCGCGGCGUCUCCCGGCUCCGCGCAAACGGGCUGCGCUUGAGUAGCGCCGAUGGCUCGGAGAUGCGCGAGCCUCUCUGGUCCUGUCGUCUUUAGCAAGGCUGCAUGCGCUAAUGUUCAUGUAACAGGACCUUUGCGCUGUCGUGCUACCCGUCUUUUACCCGUCUCUCUUGCACCGACAACUAGUUUAAUCGACCACAAAUUGUGUACGUGGAGAUGCAGCUUACUGUUAAAGGGUCGGUUGACAUGCACGUGUUGGAGAGGCCUACUCGAAUGCUAUUUUUGAGCGAUUCAGUCGUGUGGACAGUGACAGUAGUACGUAAUGCUGUUAACGUGCAUCACAACGUAGUCUGCCAUUGGGAUUUUUUGUGAAUAGAUAGCUAAUAGCACGAGCUAUUAUUAUGUCAAAACGCCACAAACCUCUCGCCACAGGUUAGACACGGGCUUCACGCGAGGUUAAAGUACAGCAAACACAAUUUUUUAUAGCCUAAUGACAUGCAACACGCGUUGGGAUCACACGAGCAUGUCUACGCGUCUCAUUUUAACUCCGCAAAAAACAAUGUAAAAGGCUAAAUACGUUUAUUUCUCCGUUAGUUCCAUGUUCGCAAUCGGAAAUCUGCAGCUGUGGGCCACGAAAUCAGCAAAGUACACCGUGCGCUGCAACUGCGCCUCGUCACUCGAGCGCCCCCGAGUGGCGCACAGUCCUGUUAUAUGUCUGGUUUAUUAUUAUGGUUGUGUUGGCGAGAUGUAUUUUUUCCCCCCAGCCGUUUCCUGUGUGUGGAAUGCUCCAUCCAUAGCCUGAUUUUCCCGCUGCGGUUUCGGCAGUGAAUUGCGUGCUGCUGCACGGCCGGUCGAGGCGAAAUGUUCAUUUACUUGAAAUAUCGAUGCUGUGAUUUGUCAGCAGGUUGUGAGCAGCCAACCAAGCAGAUCACAACAUAAGAUAGCCAGGGUAAUCUAAGCACAUACCAUAGCACACAAUUAAUGUGAGGCAGAGAAGCUGCUAGUCAAACAAUCCACAAUCCAUCCACACACACACACACACAAAUUACAUCUGCAUUAGGAGCUUUUAGGUUUAAGUGCUUUUAAGGUUUGGUUUUUGCAAUGAUUUCAAACUGCGCUCAUGAAAUGGUAGGAGCCAGUUGACAUGACAACCACUUCCGCUGUACGUUGUACUGGGCCCAACCUGUGACUCUUCUCCAAAGUUACACAAACUUUUUUCAGGUUAUGAAUGUACAAUGAGAGGAUGAUACCACUCACCAUCAAUGCUUUGCACACAAAAAAUGAACUUUCAUCAUUAAUCACCACAAUACUUCAGAGCAAACAUAUCUGUACAUACGAGGGCAAUUUAAAAGUUUCUUUCACACUGGGUUAUUUUAAACAGGGUGGCAACAUUCACCCUAUAUGUUUUCCAUGGUCAUUCAUUUCAAAACAAAUUAAAACAUGGUGAAACCAUCAA